AGGAGAGGAUCGAAGAGGAAGAUAACGAGGGAUACCCAGAGGAGGAUUCUCAGCACGGACUGCUGAACUCAAUCGUCUAAUCGAUGUAUGCUGCUCUCCCGACGCGCUACUUCUGUUGUUAUGUUGUCGCCAUCGUCCUUGUACUCAAAGGACGACAAGUCGAUGGCAUGUCUGCGACUUCCGGAGGACAUCUCAACACCUACAUACCGAAGGCUUCAGUCGAAAUGUUGCUAGAUGAAGCAGAGGCCGCGAUGAGUCGUGGGGAGGUAGAGAAGGCAUUGCAAACAUACAACAGAGCGAUCGCAGAGGACCCUUCCUGCGAGAAGCUUUAUGCGUCCAGAGCAAGUGCGCUGUUGAAGAUGAAUCGUCUGCAGGAGGCGUUGGAUGAUGCGUUCACUGCCAAGAGACUGUCAGGCGAUCGCAACAAGAACAUAAUGCAGGAACUGCGGGAGGACGCGAUCGAGCAGGAGGAAGAAGACGUUCUGAUCAAGUUUCGAAUCAAGACGACUCACCCCUUACGUGUCGGAGAAUGUGUCUACAUCGCUGGAAAUCACGCAAAGCUUGGAGGUUGGGAUCCAGAGAAAGGACUCAAGCUGCAGGAAGUAGCGGAAGGAGAUGAAAACUCGGCGACUUCAGAGCGCUUGUGGGAGGGGUGUCAGAUGGUUGAUUGCAAGGAUGCGGAAUUUCUGCUGUACAAGUACGUCACUGGGUACCCAAAGAAGGGAAAGUGGAGGUGGGAAGACAAAGUGAAGCUGAGAUCGUUCUCUUCA